CGCCACCUCUUUGCGACUCGCUCACUUCUCUGGCAGGUUUGCCUCGGAGCGUGUGAACAUUCCUCUGCUGGGCUUUCAACUCGACUCCAACCUGCGCCGCCCGGCCAGCAUGCCUCCCCGCCCGUGAAGCGGGGCCACUUCAGCCCUGCAGCUCUAGCCGCCGCCGCCCCUCCGCGCCGCUAUUAACCCGCCCUCGCUGCCACCUGGCCCUCCUGUCGACGACACACGCACUUGAAACUUGUUCUCAGGGUGUGUGGAAUCAACUUUCCGGAAGCAACCAGCCCACCAGAGGAGGUCCUGAGCGCUAGAGGAUACGAUGCUGCGGAGACUGGUUCAGCAGUGGAGCGUCGCGGUGUUCCUUCUCAGCUGCUCGGUGCCCUCCUGCGGGCGUUCGGUGGAGGGGCUCGGCCGCCGGCUCAAAAGAGCCGUGUCUGAGCAUCAGCUCCUCCAUGACAAGGGGAAGUCCAUCCAAGACUUACGACGCCGGUUCUUCCUUCACCAUCUGAUCGCAGAAAUCCACACAGCAGAAAUCAGAGCUACCUCCGAGGUUUCCCCGAACUCCAAGCCCGCUCCCAACACCAAGAACCAUCCCGUCCGAUUUGGUUCUGAUGAUGAGGGUAGAUACCUAACUCAGGAAACCAACAAGGUGGAGACCUACAAAGAGCAGCCACUCAAGACACCUGGGAAGAAAAAGAAAGGCAAGCCUGGGAAACGCAAGGAGCAGGAAAAGAAAAAACGGCGAACCCGCUCUGCCUGGCCGAUCUCCGGAGCUGCUGGGAGUGGGCUGGACGUGGACCACCUGUCUGACAUCUCCACAGCUUCGCUGGAGCUCAGUUCACGGAGGCAUUGAAAUUUUCAGCAGAAAACUUCUAAGGACAUAUUACAGGAUUUGUAAUAGUAAACAUAUGGGAAGUAUUAGAAAUAUUUAUUGUCUGUAAAUAUUGUAAAUGCAUUGGAAUAAAACUGUCUCCCCCAUUGCUCUAUGAAA